UUUCCCUGCUCUUUUAGAUUUUAAAAACCAAACCAUAAAACCCAGUUACUCACCCCACCCAAGACCGGACGGCGGACGACCCACACCACGUCACCACCCACCCCUCACCGGAAUCUCUCGUCGCCGAUCGCCACCCCUCACAGUUCUCUGUGAGUUUUUGACGCUGUUGGCUGUUCACAAUCCGCAAAUCGCAAGGCCUGAAGCCCACCACUGCUGCUGCUGCCGUGAAGUCAAUUCACCAAGCCUAACGACGGCCACUGUGACACCACCAGACCAACCCACCUUCAAUUCAAUUGCAGUUCACCAAUUCAAAUUGGGAGAGAAAAAAAACAGAGAGUUGAUUUUUGAGUGAAAAAAUGGUGAAAGGAUUGCAACAACAAAAUCUAGCUGCCGAUGUUAUUCAACUUGUCGAACAAUUAGACCGACAUUGUUUGGCUUCCGAUGGAUCUCUUGUCUCUAAAUCUGCUUUUUACGAUCUACAACUCGCUAGAGAGGAAAUGUGUAGGGAAAGAUUACGCUACUUGGAAGCCAUGGCCAUUUAUUGUGAGGCAAUUGCCAUGGUAGAAGAAUAUCAGCAAGCUUUGUCGGUUCGUGAUGUUCAGGGUUUGUAUCCUCAACUUGGUCUCAAGAACCCUCCUCAGGUUUAUGAGACUCUGGAGCACAGGCUUGUUGUUGCUGAGGCUGCUCAAAAAUUGAGACUUCCUCUUAUUUCCAAAGAUGGGGAAAUACAUGAGGAGGAGAUUGAGAAAUGGAGUAUCAUGUCUCGAAGCUCUCUAGACAGUACGAGCUCUAAUGUGACUAUGAGCUCAAGUUCUAAUUCAACGAAUUAUGCUACUAGUACCCCUAGUACAGCAGCAAACAGUAAUUUGAAUGCUACUGAUAUGAGUGAUCCUGGCAUUGGUGGAGUUCCCAACCGUUAUUUGGGAAUUACUUCAACUUAUUUGUGGCAGACUCAACUCCAUCAAGCUCCAUUAUCCAUGGCUAUGGCAGAAUACCAGAUGUCACUCUUUCGUGAGAUUGAGGCUCGUUUGAAAGUGAAAUGUGAUAAGCUGGCUGGUGCUUUUGUAGUGGAUGAUGUUGAUGGUUCAGCUGGACAUCAGAAUCUAAGCUCACGUCUUCCAGAAAGGGUAAAGGUAAUUAUUGAGGAGAUAGAAAGGGAGGAAGAAACACUAAAAGAAGAUCUCUACUCUGCUGACAGAAAAUUUGCAGAAUACUAUAAUGUCUUAGAGCAAAUACUAGGUGUGCUUAUCAAGCUUGUCAAAGAUUUGAAGUUGCAAAAUCAACAUAAGUUCGAUGAGCUGCAGAAAACUUGGCAAAUCAAGAGACAUGAAGCCAUGGGUGCUAAAUUGCGGGUACUGGAGCAUAUACUCCUAGUUGAAACGUAUACUAAAGAAACAAUACCAGCACUCCAUAAAAUCAGGAAAUACCUCGUUGAGGCAACAGAAGAGGCUUCAACAGCGUAUAAUAAAGCUGUAACACGGCUGCGUGAGUAUCAAGGAGUAGAUCCACACUUCGACAAAAUUGCGAGGCAGUACCAUGACAUUGUUAAGAAACUGGAUAACAUGCGAUGGACGAUUCAACAGGUUGAAAUGGACCUAAAGUAUUUACCGGAUCACUCGAACACAUAGAAAUGUUUUGAAAUGGAGUUGUUGUGACCAUAGGUACUUCAUUAUUCAUCACUCCAUUGUAUUAUAGAAGUGGAUCCGAAUCACAGAAAUGGCAUCGACGUAAUCAAAUGUUGUGUUUUUAAUUAAAGGAUGCUCUGGUAUUAUCUUGAACUUGUGUCUUCCCUCGAGUGAGAUUCUUUGGCUAUGACCUUUGGAGAAGAGUAUCAACACAUUUUAUGAACCAUUGCAAUUGAAGUUAUUGUUUUAUGCUUACCAAACGAGAUGGCUUAUUUGGACGACAACAAUAUCUAAACCUUAGUAGUUAGUACUAUCAAAAUUGAACCAAAUGAAAUGUGGGAAUUUAUCGCUGAUAAAGAUUAUAUGGUUCUAUUUAGUACUAAUCAACAAUUAACAAA